GGAGAAAGGGGUCGCCGGGCGUAGUGGCACUUGUAGAGUAUAAAUUGGUGUCUGCCCUCACAAGUCUACCGCUGCUCAUUCAGAGGACAGGCUACUUGAAACCCAGCUGACAUCAUGUGUGACGACGAUGAGACUACUGCCCUUGUGUGCGACAAUGGCUCUGGUCUGGUGAAGGCUGGCUUUGCUGGAGAUGAUGCACCUCGCGCUGUGUUCCCCUCCAUCGUUGGUCGCCCCCGUCAUCAGGGUGUGAUGGUGGGUAUGGGUCAGAAGGACUCUUAUGUAGGAGACGAGGCCCAGAGCAAGAGAGGUAUCCUGACCCUCAAGUACCCCAUCGAGCACGGCAUCAUCACCAACUGGGACGACAUGGAGAAGAUCUGGCACCAUACCUUCUACAACGAGCUGCGCGUGGCCCCCGAGGAGCACCCCACCCUGCUCACUGAGGCCCCCCUUAACCCCAAGGCCAACAGGGAGAAGAUGACCCAGAUCAUGUUCGAGACCUUCAACGUGCCCGCCAUGUACGUGGCCAUCCAGGCCGUGCUGUCCCUCUACGCCUCGGGUCGUACCACAGGUAUUGUGCUGGACUCUGGUGAUGGUGUGACCCACAAUGUCCCCAUCUAUGAGGGUUAUGCUCUGCCCCACGCCAUCAUGCGUCUGGAUCUGGCCGGUCGCGACCUCACUGACUACCUGAUGAAGAUUCUGACUGAGCGUGGCUACUCCUUCGUUACCACCGCCGAGCGUGAGAUCGUGCGUGACAUCAAGGAGAAGCUGUGCUACGUGGCCCUGGACUUUGAGAAUGAGAUGGCCACCGCUGCCUCCUCCUCCUCUCUGGAGAAGAGCUACGAGCUGCCCGACGGUCAGGUCAUCACCAUCGGUAACGAGCGUUUCCGCUGCCCCGAGACCCUCUUCCAGCCUUCUUUCAUCGGCAUGGAGUCUGCUGGUAUCCAUGAGACUACCUACAACAGCAUCAUGAAAUGUGACAUUGACAUCCGUAAGGACCUGUAUGCCAACAACGUCCUGUCAGGAGGCACCACCAUGUACCCUGGUAUUGCUGACCGUAUGCAGAAGGAGAUCACCGCCCUGGCCCCCAGCACUAUGAAGAUCAAGAUCAUCGCUCCCCCCGAGCGCAAGUACUCUGUCUGGAUCGGCGGCUCCAUCCUGGCUUCCCUGUCCACUUUCCAGCAGAUGUGGAUCAGCAAGCAGGAGUACGACGAGGCAGGCCCCUCCAUCGUUCACAGGAAAUGCUUUUAAGCGCCCCAUUGACAAAUUGCUCUCCCCUGCGACAGUCAGACGCCCACGGAUGCAAAAACUCUGUACAUUACCUCUGCCUAUGGAUAUGUUGUUUAUGAUCGAUAUGGAAGUUACAAAUCCAGGCAGGCCCCUGUUUUAUGUUUUGUUGAUGAUGUACAGUUUGUUUACACCAAAAUGCAAUUUAUAUUUGGUUAUUUUACUGGUUCCUGAAUGAAUUUACUGUAUAUGAUGUGGAUAUUUAUUUGCUUUAUAAAUAUACAAGACCUAGGAUCUUGUAUACCA